AUGAUCAACCUCUGCUCAUCUGGUAAAAAAGAGUUAUGUGCCAUCAAGGUAGACUUUUAUAAGGCCUUCGAUUGUGUUAGCUGGGAUUUUCUUAUCAACCUCCUCAAAGCAAGAGGCUUCAGUAACACAUGGUGCUCCUGGAUCCUUAAUAUCCUUUCCUCUGCUAAGUCUGUAGUCCUAGUUAAUGGCUCACCUUCUGCUUUCUUUCAAUGCCAUCGGGGACUUAAACAGGGUGACCCCCUCUCCCCCCUCUUAUUUCUGCUCAUUGUUGAUGUCCUGACCAAGAUGAUCUCCUCUAGUGCUCUCUCAGGAGACCUCUCUGAUCUUAAUCUGAAAGGGGAGUUAAAUCAUAUUAGAACCCUCCAGUUUGCAGACGACACCCUCAUCUUUUGCAAAGCCACUCGCAGAGACAUUCACACUCUCAAAAUCAUCCUUCGCAUCUUUGGUCUUACAUCUGGCCUAUCCAUGAACCAGGCCAAAUCUCAUCUCUACUAUCUUGGUAGAAUUCCCAACAAUGAUGAUUCCUUGCACAAGCCGAAGAAGAUUGUUGAUGUUGGAUGUGGGCUAGGUGGCAGCUGUAUAUAUCUAGCAAGGAAGUAUGGAGCUGAUUGCUGUGGCAUCACUUUGAGCGCUGUCCAAGCUCAAAGGGCACAAGCUCUUGCUGCUGCUGAGGGGCUAGCUGACAAAGUGUCCUACCAAGUUGCAGAUGCAUUAAACCAACCAUUCCCUGAUGGGCAGUUCGACCUGGUUUGGUCCAUGGAGUGUGCGGAGCAUAUUCCUGACAAGACGAAGUUCGUAAGCGAAUUAGAACGUGUUGCUGCACCUGGGGCUACCAUAGUAAUAACGACAUGGUGUCACAGAGAUCUCUGUCCUGACGAAGUCUCUCUAAAUCCCAAGGAGAAGAAUCUAUUGAACAAACUAUCCAGUUCACAUUACCUCCCAAAUUGGUGUUCAGCUGCUGAUUAUGUUAAAAGUGCUCAAUCCUUAAAUCUCCUGGAUAUUAAGACAGACGACUGGUCAGAGAAUGUAAUGCCUUUUUGGCCUGCAGUCCUCCGAUCUCUUUUAACAUGGCGAGGCCUCAUUUCUUUUUUAGGAAGCGGAUGGAAGACCAUAAGAGGAGCACCCGUGAUGCCUAAGGUUAUUGAGGGCUACAAGAAAAAUGUUGUCAAGUACACAAUCAUUACAUGCCGGAAACCUCUGUAGUAGUCAGUAUUAUUGUAUAUUAUUGUAAUCUUGGACUUUUGAGGCUGCUGUGUGAAAUUGUGUGU